UCCCACUUUCCCCCGUCGGCUCAUUUUCUUGUUUUCUCAUUUCCAUUUCUCUCCUUCUCCUUCUCUUUCUCUUUCUCUUUCUCUUUCUUCGUUGAUCUGCUACGAGUCGUUUUGAAUGAUCACCGAGCUCGGCGCUCUCUCUUCUCCCUAGUCCCUGGUCUUCAAUGUCGUCCGAGUCAUCGAAUUGAACUCUCCCAGCCUUAGAUUUGGAGUCCAGGGGAAGACGGAAAGGGAUUUCUGAUUCUCUCUCUCACACUCCGAGUCUUCGUUUGCGCUAGGGUUUUCAGGAGGAAAUGAAGUCGUCUUUUGACAAGCUUCGGAGAUUCGAACUGUACAAGAGCGGUUCUAAAGAUAAGAGGAACUUUCAACCCUCGGCUCACGUCGAUGAGCUCGCUCAGGCUUCUCAGGACAUGCAAGAUAUGAGAAAUUGCUAUGAUAGCUUACUUUCUGCAGCUGCUGCUACAGCCAACAGCGCCUAUGAAUUCUCCGAAUCACUGCGGGAAAUGGGUUCUUGUCUGCAAGAGAAAACUGCAUUACAUCAUGAUGAACGAGGCGGUAGAGUUUUUCUGAUGUUGGGGAAAGUGCAGUUUGAACUUCAAAAACUUGUUGAUUCCUAUCGAUCUCAUAUAGUUUCGACAGUCACAAACCCAUCAGAGUCUCUUCUCAAUGAACUUCGAACAGUUGAGGAAAUGAAGCGACAAUGUGAUGAAAAACGAGAGGUAUAUGAAUACAUGGUAGCACAACAGAAAGAAAAAGGGAGAUCAAAACGUGGGAAGGGCGAAAGCUUUACUUUGCAGCAACUGCAAGUAGCUCGUGAGGAAUAUGAUGAGGAAGCUACACUGUGUGUUUUCCGGUUGAAGUCCCUGAAGCAAGGGCAAGCCCGAAGUCUUCUAACACAAGCAGCUCGCCACCAUGCCGCUCAGUUGAACUUCUUCCGGAAAGGACUGAAGUCACUUGAGGCUGUCGAGCCACAUGUUAGGUUGGUUACAGAGGAGCAACAUAUUGAAUACCAAUUUAGUGGACUUGAAGACGAUGGUGAGGAUGAUGGUGCAGAUCAUGGUGAGAAUAGCAACGAUUCUAUUGAAGAUGGAGAAUUGAGUUUUGACUAUAGACCAAGUAAGCAGGGAAUGGAAGUCUCUGCAUCAAGGAAUUCAAUGGAGGUUGAUGAAGUGGGCCAUUUGUCUCCUCAAGCUUCAACAUUGGAAUAUCCAGAUAUAAAUCUUGAUCAAGGUGAACUCAAGUUUCCGAGUAGAGAACCAAGAAUAGGCGGUAGCUACUCAGCCCCAAUAGUUUCUGCAGAUCCGAAGUUUGAUCCCGCUGAGAGAGCUAGACAAUUGCAACUGUCAGCUACACGGAGGCCUAAUGCAUAUGUGCUGCCUACACCUGAUUCAAAGGGUUUAGUUUCUUCAAGGACAAGUAGUACGGUUCCAGGCGUGAGGUCUGGUGGACGCAUCCAUAACUUAUCGUACUCUUCCCCAUUAGACGCGAAGCACGAUAAGUAUUCUGGUGAUGAUAAUGUGUCAGGAGCUAAUUUCUCAAAAGCACAGUCGGUAGUCAAAGAGAGCCAUAGUACUAAUACAUCGAUGCAACUGCCUCCUCCUCCUCUGGCAGACGGACUGGCACAACAUCAGCAUAAAAGACAAGCUUUCUCUGGCCCACUAACUAGUAAGCCAUCAUCAACUAAGCCUGCGUUCUCUGCUAGUGGUCCCAUUGUAUCUAGUGAACCACCUCAACUAGUUUCUGCUAUGCUUCCUCGUUUACCAAAUCCUCAGCCUUCUUCAUCUCCAAAAGUAUCCCCAAGUGCUUCACCUCCCCUUGCUUCUUCACCCAAGAUAAGUGAGCUUCACGAGCUUCCUAGACCCCCAAGUAGUUCAGUUGUCAAGCCAACAAAAUCUUCUGGAUUGGUUGGCCACUCUGCUCCACUGUUCUCCAGAAAUCAAGAACCUCACGUUCAUAAUAAAAUCCCUUCAGUGCCAACAAAUCUGGCAUCUCCACUUCCAAUUCCACCAUUGAUUAUUCCUAGAAGUUUCUCCAUACCUUCGAGUAACCAAAGAGCAGUGACAUUGCAUGUAUCUAGGCAUUUGGAGUCUCCUCUAGGUUCAAGCAAUCCGGAAGAAGUUGCUUCACCUCCAUUGACGCCAAUUUCCCUAACAAACAUGUAACCAAAAUAUCAACCGAGUCUGAAGUGGCCUUCUCACUCCAGUGCUAUCAGAGGUGAGUACUCCACUUCCAAUAGUUCCUCACCAGUUGGUGUUCCAUUCUUUUCCUUGGUAUUUAGUAUUUACACUUUUUAGUGCUUCACACUUCCAUAUUUUCUAUUUUAUUCUAUUGUUCAGUUAGGUUUAGGACUAAAUGGCAAAAGCCUAAUACAUUAGAGUUUUUAUAGUUUCUUUCUGCUUCAAGCACGAGAUGGGGCAAGUGGAAUCUUCUUGCUCAUAUAUAUCUACCUAAACUGAAGUUUUGGAUUUUGUGUUCAUAUUAAUCGCCAUGGAGGUUAUAUUCGUUCGCUUUUGCAUCAUCUUCUUCACCAUGAGAGCCAAAUUAUAGUUCCUUUUAUUUUCUUCUUCGAGCCAGACCAGAUUUUGAAGACGUCAACGGUGGAUGCAGUUGGGAGCUGAUAUCAAUACAGUGAAGCAGUGUGAUUUCCGUUUCCCCCCUGAGAUUGUGUUGGGUUGCAUUGUCUUGGGUAAAGAUGGGUCUGUAAAUAUAUUUGAUGUAAUGGAAAUUUUUUUUUUCUUUUGGCCAUCGUUGUUUAAAUGUAUUGUUUAGUUUCUCAUCUAUCAUCCUUUCUUCA